AUCCGAACAGCGCCAAAGGCCUCACUCUGGUACUUCCUCCCUAUCCCUCUCUCCGAGGAGCGGCGGCGGCGGCGGCGGCGUCGUCUUCCCCUUCCUGUGGCCGUCAGUCCCUCGCGCCCCCAGGCCCCAAUCGUGACACCGGCGUCUUUGAUCCACUCUCAACUCCACCACCGGUGCUCGUCGGGGGGUCUCGAGGCUUCGAACGUCGUGGCCGGUGCUGGCCCAGACUAGCGCCGGCGGUGGCUCCCCCCGUAUUCUCUGGGAUUUGGCGGCCCCGGUGCCGCCGUCCUGCGACGGCUCAGCGACUGCGCGUCGGAUCAAAGGAAGAAAGAUCCGUUUCCGUUGGUUGUUAGAUGCCGAAGAUUGUACAAUUCGAUUCUGAAGCCAAUAAUCGUGGGAGCCUUUCUCCUUUCGCUUGUGGCCUCGAGGCCAAUAGUAUAAAGCACCACCGGACGUCAUCGAUUUUAUUCGUACUGCUCCGGAUUGUACGAAAUCUUUGUUACUUCUGACUCUCAUGGCAUCUCCAUCGGACAACAAUAAAAACGAAAACGGAGAUGAUGAUAGGCUCAGCGCGCUCCCGGAUCACAUUCUCGUUGAUAUCAUGCACCGCCUUGACUUGAGAACUAUGAUACGGGCUAGUACAGUCUCAACGCGGUGGAAGCCGCUUCCUUAUUUGCUAACAAAUCUUUAUCUUCGUGUCGACGACUUCAAACCUCGAACAGGGAUUUUAGUGAUGAGGCAGCUCAACAGCCUGAUGAGUCUUUAUACCGAAACAAUAAAGAGAUUGUUGGCUCCCACGACCGAACGCGCCAUCAAGGUCCUGCGCCUCCGUUUCUACAUGACAGAUCGUCACCUGAAACCCAUCGGCUCCAUAGUAACCAGCGUCCUUGAGCGUGGGGGCACCAAGCUCCUCGAGUUCAUCAUAGUGACAGAGCGACAUGACGUGCAAUGCAGUGAGGAGGACAACGUCCGUUUCGGACAGCGCUUCGUCAGGUUCUUCAGCUCCUACCCCUACGCAUUCAGAUGUCUUAGAGUCCUCUGCAUUCAGAACAUGAGAUUCAACGAGUCCGAUGUGCCAGAUCUGCUGAAUGCCUGUGAGCAGCUGCAGCGCUUGUGCAUCGAGUCCUGUGACUCUGGCCGGCAAUCCGUUCUGCAGAUUGACGCACCACGCUCGCGGCUGGUGGAGCUGGCAUUUGAAUUCUGCGGCUAUGUUCGAAUCGAGCUUGUCCGGGUCCCUAAACUCAUGGUGGUUUCUUAUGACACUUGGAUGGGUGGAAGCCCUCCCGUUGUUUUCGGUCACGUCCCAAGCCUUCGACGCAUUGAUUUCGGCUGCGCUACCAUGAAUUGGCAGCCACCGUUCGUGCUGAGCAACUGGCUGUCAGGCACAAGACUGGAAACUGUGAGCUUGGACUUCCAUGAUUGUAUGAUUUGGGUUAAACCUGAAGACCCCAAACUGCUCCAACCUAUCUUUAGCAAGCUGACGGAUUUGUUCCUCUCCAACAUCUUCGCCGAAUGCGACCUUGACUGGACUGUCUAUCUCCUUGAAGCCGCACCCUCUCUGAAGAAUUUCUUCCUCAUGGUGUCAAGACAUGUGUGCGGAAGGAAUGACCAUGUGGACAAUGCUGAGAGGGUCAAUGUUGCAUGGGAAGCAUCAUCUGGCUUCAAGCAUUACAACUUAAAGUUACUGGACAUAGAAGGCUUCGAGAUGGAUUGUAAGAUGAUGAAAUACAUAAGGCUUGUGAUGGGGUGUGCUGCCCGGCUGAGGAUGAUCUGCUUGCACAAUAAAGAACCAUGCAAUGAUUGUGAUGCCAUGCACCUUGAGGCUCCAUCAGGGUCUAGUUUUCCAGUUGAUGAGGGUGAUAAGAAUCUAAUAAGGGAGCAUCUAACAGAUGGGCUCUCAUCUGCUAUUGAAAUAACCUUUGACUGAUAUCAAGAUUAUUACUGAUGGUCUUGUCAAAUAAUCUAAGAGGGGUGUGCUUUCUUGGUGCAGCUGGAAAUGGUUGGACCGAUAGAGCCUGAUAAUUCCAGAUUCCCCUGUUACCGGAUUGUUGUUAGAAUGCUUGUUACUGCCAAUUUGGUCGAUGCUGCUGUAAAUUUUUUUUGAGUUUUAGUUAAUGAUGAAAAGCACAUGGUAACUACGCAACGAGUACUUUGCGCGCGCCUUGGCGCGCCCCGGACAUUUUAAGCUAAACCAUCAAGUAGCCUUAGUAUAUAUUUGUAAUAGAUUAUCUAAUAAUAGGCUACUUAGCAAGGUAUUGUUUUGAUGUCUGGUCCAGGAAAAAGUAGGCUAUAGACACAUAAAGGUAUGUACAUAUUUUAUUGAUAACUAUAUUAUAGUUACAGAGUAGUUAGGUAUA